ACGGAAGUGAAGGACGGAUGACCAUGUCGCUGCGUUGUGUGUGUGUCUAGCUGGAGUCGGAGCGGCUGGUUUUUCAGGAGGGAAACUUUACGAGGUUUAACGGGAUCUGAGCACGAUUAAUUCAUUUCGCUUACUAACCCGAGCAAGUGCAGCCAUUCUGAAAGGAGUCCACACAUCAUGUCAGGCAUUGCAUUGAGCCGGCUUGCCCAGGAGCGCAAGGCAUGGCGGAAGGACCAUCCUUUUGGAUUUGUUGCUGUACCAACAAAAAAUCCAGAUGGAACCAUGAAUCUCAUGAAUUGGGAAUGUGCUAUUCCUGGCAAGAAGGGGACUCCGUGGGAAGGAGGCCUGUUCAAACUGCGCAUGUUGUUCAAGGAUGACUAUCCUUCUUCACCGCCGAAAUGUAAAUUUGAGCCUCCGCUCUUCCAUCCAAAUGUGUAUCCAUCAGGCACAGUAUGCCUAUCUAUUCUAGAGGAGGACAAAGACUGGAGACCGGCCAUCACAAUAAAGCAGAUCUUAUUAGGUAUCCAGGAACUCCUAAAUGAGCCAAAUAUCCAGGAUCCAGCUCAAGCAGAGGCUUACACAAUCUACUGCCAAAACAGAGUAGAAUAUGAAAAAAGAGUCCGAGCACAAGCCAAAAAGUUCUCCCCAUCGUAAAGGAGAAGACUUGCUCCGCUGCAGCAGAAGGAAUGGGUUUAACAAGAAUCACCUCCCCUCUCAGUCUCUCGAUGAAUGUGCUCCUCUCACACCGGGACUUGCUUAAAGACUUCUAUUUAAACUCCACACAUUCUGUGCCAUCCGCUCUCUUCUGACCUAUCAUUUUUUUGUCCUUAAUUGCCGGUUGGCGCAUAAUGCUGGGAGGGGAUGGGUGCUUCAGCACCCUGGUUAUUUCUUUUUAAACAAUAAUUGUCUUAUGUGAUGCAAGGGACACAGCUCGGUACCAGUUUCAUCAACACAAUGCAAACUGGCUGUCAUCAGUGUUCAAGGAAGAAAAUGUCCCUUGUUUAUUUUGCUCUUUCACAGGGUCUAUUCCUUUGUUUUCCCCUUUUAUUUUCCAUCAAAUUAAUGUAAAAUUAGCUUAUUUCAUUGUCAGUAUUUCAACUGCUGUAUAAUGAAUGGCACUUUUAUACUGUUGUAUCUCACUAGUGUCUCUAGAUGGCUCUGUCUAAUUCUCUUUCCCAGGUUUUCUAUUCAGCAUGCUGUAAUAUAUGAUAGAAUCUGCUGCCUUGGCUGUCUUUUUGUUAUUCAGAGUGUUUGCUAUGGAAUAAAUAAAAAUGGCCACAACGACUGAGGCAGGUAGGCUUACUUCUGUAUCAGACUUUAAGGUUAUAUGGUGCUUUGUUCAUGUAUGUGUUGGCGUAAAUAAAACUUUCUACAAAAUG